GGUUCUGUUCACGUUUUUAUACUUCUCACGCCUUCAAGAGUUAUUCCAGGGGUGAGAAUAGCGGUGAGAAUCUCCAACCACCGUGAAGAUUUCCAGCACCCCGGUAUUUUAGAAGAAAAGCAGGUCUUUUGUUGUUUCAGUCCCCAAGAAACUUAGACUCAAAGCAAAACAGAAAACAAAAAGAACAAACAACAAGAACGAAAAAAAACACUGCCAAAGCCCCGAUCACUUCAUAAAUGCUAACUGUGUUUUCCUUCCGUGGUCUCAGUUUGCUUUGGAAUAGUAUUUGCCCUCUUGUGGACAAACAGCAGUAAGUCUGGGAGCUGUUGUCAGAGGGCUGUUGGCAUCGUUCAAACACGUUCAGUUAUUUUACGUGCGUAUGUGAUUUGGUCAGUGAAAUAAAAGUCUUUUCUGAGAUAAUUUGCUCUUACCACUUGUUUCCUACAGCUCACCGUUACAGGUUUUGGCAUCUAGCCUGAUUCACCCCUUCAUAUUGCGAUCUGAUUGGCCUGUCAGAAUGAUUCACUGAGCUUUAUCCUGGAAUGGACGCGAGAUGUUAACACUGGAGCUUAGGGAGACCCAACAGAAGACACAUUCAUUACUUCAGAGGGUCCCGGGGUCAGCAACUCCAUUACAGGCUACAUUCCUCAUCAAAGGCAAAGAAACCCUGUUGACACUUCUUGUGUCCAUCUCCUCUCCCAGAGAAGGUGAAAACGAGGGGCUAGGGUUUUGCUGCUUUUUGUGGUAAGAGUUACCAAUGGAAGUUUCUGCAGAUUUAGGAGGAGUCCUAUGAAGAAAAAGCUUAUAAUGGGGGUGCAUGCAAACAAGUGUGUUGAUGGUGAACAUUAUUCACCAAUGAAAGCUGAGGAAGUUGUCAUUUAGAGGGGAUUGAUCUAAGCCCCUUCCAGUCUGCAAACUCUCUUUGUAACAGUAGGAGAGGAUUGCUUUUAAACGACUCACGCCUGCUGUGUCAUGUCUGGAGUUGGAGCUGAGAGGAGCUGCUGGGAGGGUGCAUGUGACAGGAUCCGCAGUUGCAGGAUGGAGCGUGCUGUCUGCCUGAGCUCCUGAGACCUCGUCGGCGUUGGCAAAGUGUGUGCAAGCCCACCCUGCCAAGCAGCUCGGCCCGGCCACCCUAGGCAGCAUGUCCCUUCGCGAGCACGCGCUGUCCCUCUUCCGCAGUGCGGUGGGCACUGUCCGGCCGGCUCCAAUGCUGAAGAGGGCUGUGAAGCUCCAGGGAGAUGGGUGCCCUCAGCUGGUAGUGAAGGGCCGAGCCUUUCCAGUGAAGAGGAACCUGUACUUGGUGGGUUUUGGCAAGGCUGUGCUGGGGAUGGCGGCAGCAGCAGAAGAGAUCCUGGGGGACCACCUCAUUCGGGGGAUCGUCAGUGUGCCACUAGGCAUCCAGGAGAGCUUACAGCGAGCGGGAAUGCAGGAGAUGCUGCUAAAGCCGCACAGCAGAAUCCAGGUCAUCGAAGGUGCAAAGAACAACCUCCCUGACCCAGAGGCUCUGAGGGGAGCAGGUGCCAUUCAGGAGCUGGCUGAGGGCCUGACAGCAGAUGACCUGCUCCUUGUGCUCAUCUCAGGGGGUGGUUCAGCCCUACUGCCUGCUCCCAUCCCUCCCAUCCUCCUUGAAGAGAAAGAGAAACUGACAAAGAUGCUGGCUUCCAGAGGAGCUGCCAUACAGGAGCUGAACACUGUCCGGAAGACUCUGUCCUUGCUGAAGGGUGGAGGGCUGGCCCGGCUCGCAUAUCCCGCACAGGUGGUGAGCCUCAUCCUUUCUGAUGUGAUUGGCGAUCCUCUGGACAUCAUAGCGAGUGGGCCCACUGCUGCCAGCUCCCACAGUGUCCAAGACUGCCUUCAGAUACUGGCCAAAUACAACCUGCUGCACAGCCUGCCCGAAUCAGUGGAAACGGUCCUCUCCAGCUCUCCCACCAAGCGCACUGCUCCAGAAGACUACUCCCACGUUUGCAACGUCAUCAUCGGAUCAAACACGCUGGCUUUGGAUGAGGCCAAACGCCAGGCUGAGGGCCUGGGCUACGCGGCCCUGAUUCUGAGCGCAGCAGUCUGCGGGGACGUCAGCCACGUUGCUGCGCUGUACUGCCAGCUGAUCCGGCUGCUCUGCCUGGGCUUUGCUGGCCUCGGAGAAGGGCCUCUGGGCAACGAGGUGAGGGGGAAUCUUCUGCAGCUGGCAGCAGAGCUAGACAUCCCAGGCUUGAACCUGGCUGAGUUUCUGCAUGCCCUCCGAGGAUUAGGGCCUGGAAAACCAGUCUGCAUCCUUGCUGGCGGAGAAACCACGGUUCAGCUUCAAGGAACUGGGAAGGGAGGAAGGAACCAGGAGCUGGCCCUGCGAGUGGGGCUGGGGCUGCACAGGGCACGGGGCGCUGAGGCCAGCAGCCCCCUGGGGAGGUACGAGAUCAUCUUCCUCAGCGGGGGGACGGAUGGGCAGGACGGGCCGACAGGAGCGGCAGGGGCCUUCUGCAGCCCGGAGCUGGUGGACGAGGCGUUCCAGGAAGGCCUCGAUGCGGAGGCCUUCCUCAGCAACAACGACUCCUAUACCUUCUUCAGCCAAUUCCAACGUGGGCAUCACCUCCUGGUGACAGGCUUGACAGGCACCAAUGUCAUGGACAUCCAGGCUGUUUUAAUUAGACCCACGGACAGAUCAUAAAAACUCCCUCUGCAGAUAUUCAGAUACAUUUAAUUAGGACCAGGGGUAAAUGAGACAAUAAGCACUGCAGACAAAACUACUUAAAUUAGAGCUAGCUGUCAAGGGUACUAAUAUCUUUGAUAGAAAGAUUCCACUAAUUAAUCACGAGUGGAUGUCCACAGAAAAUGCAUUGGGAACAGUCAAGCACUUGUAAUUGGGAUCUGAGAAAGGUAAGCAGUCACAUGGACGUGAAGGUUGCCGUUACCACUUCUGCUGAGAGCCACUGCUACUGUGACAGCUUCAUAGAACAGACAGAAUAGAAUGGCCUGGGUUGAAAAGGACCUUAAAGAUCAUCUAGUUUCAAUCCCCCUGCUCUGGGCAGGGUUGCUAACCACCAGAGCAGGCUGCCCAGAGCCUCAUCCAGCUUAGCCUUGAAUGCCUGCAGGGAUGGGGCAUCCACAACCUCCCUGGG